AUGAGUGGCCUUGAGAAUAACCUUUUCCAACUAAAGUUUACUGCCAAGCAGCUCAACAAGCAAUCCAAGAGAUGCCAAAAGGAAGAAACUGCUGAGAAGUUGAAGUUGAAAAAGGCAAUGCAGGAUGGAAAUACAGAAAGUGCUCGUAUAUAUGCAGCCAAUGCGAUACGCAAGAAAAACGAAGCAUUGAACCUAUUGCGCUUGUCGUCUCGCAUCGAUGCCACUGCGAGUCGGGUUCAAACUGCGAUUACGAUGCGCAAGGUUAGUGCAUCGAUGGCUAAUGUUGUAAAGGGUAUGGAUAGAGCAAUGGAGUCUAUGAAUCUUGAAAAGAUUUCCAUGGUAAUGGAUAAGUUUGAGUCGCAAUUUGAGGAUAUCGAUGUACAGACUCAGUACAUGGAAGGGGCUAUGGCAGGUGCAACAUCUACCAUGACACCACAGUCAGAAGUGGACUCGUUGAUGCAGCAGGUUGCCGAUGAACAUGGAUUGGAGCUCAACCAACAAUUGGCACAGUUGGCUCCAAGUCAGGUCAUUCAACAGCAGGUUGAAGAGCGUGAGCCUAGUCAAGAUGAGAUCUUGACCCAACGUCUCAAGGCUCUGAGGCAAUGA